UCCUUACUCGUGUGGACUGAUGACAACUCCUCACCUCCUCUUGCAUGCACGCCCGCACAUUCCUUGCUCACCUUUUCACCAUUGCCUUCACUCUCCCCCACCCACUGCCUGCCACCCACCGUCUCCCAUCUGCCACCACGGCCGGGCCAGCAGUCUCCAUGCCCCGCCACUCCUUCCCUGAAUGCUCUUCCUAACUCCCAAACACGCCUCCAUUGCUCUCUGUCGCUUUCUCCCCUCCCUCUCCCACCUUCCCCUCAACACACCACAAUCAAGCCCUGCAGCAUCUCGCUCGUCUCCUCCCCCGACCCCGCCACCCUGCCUCUCUCCACCCACCUGCUCUUCCACCUGCUCUCACACGCCUGCCUCUGCGCCAUGCUACGCUCCUCCCUGCUCUUCCACUUCCAAGCUGCCACACACCGCCCCACUCCGCCCCACUCAGGAUGUUGGGGUGGUGCAGCAUCUGUUUCCCCUCCCACUCCCCCAUGUCCAUGUGAGCGCAUGCUGCCUCUCUCCCAUGCCGUGCCACGCCAUGCCUCGCGCCGCUCCUCCCGUCUCUUCCUCUACCAACCUGUUCCACAGCCGUGA